CGGAUGAGGAGGAUGAGAUCAUAGCUUCAGGAUCCUCAGGAAACCCUGGUACAGGCAGCAGCCAGCCUCCGCUGUGCCCACAUGACCCACAACUCUGGCAGCGGACCCGGCACUUCCAACAUUACUAAAUAAUCAGAGAGCGGCUCCCACUCCGGGCCCACACCUCCCUGCAGACGAUGGACACCUUCUAAGAGUUUGGCGAGUGGGUGACCCAGGCGCCGGUCCAUUGCAAGAUAAAUAGGAUUUACAAGCCCCGGGAAGCACUUGAGAAGUCUUCAAAUGCCACAGCCAACUGCCAUUUCAAAGAAAACAGAAUAGAUGGUUCUAGAAAGUCCAUGCUGUUUCUUCACUGAAUUUUAGAAUGAUUGAAGAUAGUGGGAAAAGAGGAAACACCAUGGCAGAGAGAAGACAGCUGUUUGCAGAGAUGAGGGCUCAAGAUCUGGAUCGCAUCCGCCUCUCCACCUACAGAACAGCAUGCAAGCUGAGAUUCGUACAGAAGAAAUGCAACUUGCACCUGGUGGACAUUUGGAACGUCAUCGAAGCGCUGCGGGAAAACGCUUUGAACAACCUGGACCCAAACAUAGAGCUCAACGUGGCCCGCCUGGAAGCCGUGCUCUCCACUAUGUUUUACCAGCUCAACAAGAGGAUGCCAAGCACUCAUCAAAUCCACGUGGAGCAGUCCAUCAGCCUCCUGCUGAACUUCCUGCUCGCAGCCUUUGACCCGGAAGGCCAUGGUAAAAUCUCAGUAUUUGCGGUCAAGAUGGCUUUGGCUACAUUGUGUGGAGGGAAGAUCAUGGACAAGUUAAGAUAUAUUUUCUCAAUGAUCUCUGACUCCAGUGGAGUGAUGGUUUAUGGAAGAUAUGACCAGUUCCUUAGGGAGGUUCUCAAACUACCCACAGCAGUUUUUGAAGGUCCUUCGUUUGGUUACACAGAACAGUCAGCCAGAUCCUGCUUCUCCCAACAGAAAAAGGUCACCUUAAAUGGCUUCUUGGACACGCUCAUGUCAGACCCUCCUCCACAGUGUCUGGUAUGGCUGCCUCUUCUGCAUCGACUGGCAAAUGUAGAAAAUGUCUUCCAUCCGGUUGAGUGUUCCUACUGUCACAGUGAGAGCAUGAUGGGAUUUCGAUACCGAUGCCAGCAGUGUCACAACUACCAGCUCUGCCAGGACUGCUUCUGGAGGGGCCAUGCAGGGGGUUCUCAUAGCAACCAGCACCAGAUGAAGGAGUAUACAUCGUGGAAAUCGCCUGCUAAGAAGCUAACGAAUGCUUUGAGCAAGUCCCUGAGCUGUGCUUCGAGCCGUGAGCCUUUGCACCCCAUGUUCCCAGACCAGCCUGAAAAGCCACUCAACUUGGCUCAUAUUGUUGAUACUUGGCCUCCAAGACCUGUGACCAGCAUGAACGACACACUCUUCUCCCACUCUGUUCCCUCCUCAGGAAGUCCUUUCAUCACCAGGAGCUCUCCUCCCAAGGACAGUGAAGUAGAACAGAACAAAAUCCUGGCUAGGGCUGCUUCAGCCUUUCUGAAGGGUAAAGGGAUACAUUACAGCUUGAACGUGGCAGACAGGCUAGCUGACGAACAUGUUCUCAUUGGGUUGUAUGUCAACAUGCUCCGGAACAACCCGUCAUGUAUGCUUGAGAGUUCAAACCGGCUUGAUGAAGAACACAGGCUGAUCGCCAGGUACGCCGCGCGACUGGCGGCAGAAUCCUCCUCAUCUCAGCCCACGCAGCAGAGGAGCGCCCCUGACAUCUCCUUCACCAUCGAUGCAAAUAAACAGCAAAGGCAGCUGAUCGCAGAGCUAGAGAACAAGAACAGAGAAAUCUUACAAGAGAUCCAGAGACUUCGGGUAGAGCAUGAGCAAGCUUCUCAGCCCACACCCGAGAAGGCGCAGCAGAACCCGACCUUGCUGGCAGAACUCCGGCUCCUCAGACAGCGCAAGGACGAGCUAGAACAGAGGAUGUCCGCUCUCCAGGAGAGCCGGAGAGAGCUGAUGGUCCAGUUGGAAGGUCUCAUGAAGCUCUUGAAGACCCAGGGGGCAGGCUCUCCACGCUCUUCCCCCAGCCACACCAUCAGCAGGCCGAUCCCCAUGCCCAUCCGGUCGGCAUCGGCGUGUUCCACACCAACGCACACCCCACAGGACUCCCUCACGGGGGUAGGGGGAGAUGUGCAAGAGGCGUUUGCACAAAGUUCAAGAAGGAAUCUAAGGAAUGACCUGCUGGUAGCUGCAGAUUCCAUCACCAAUACCAUGUCCUCUCUGGUGAAGGAGCUGAAUUCAGAGGUGGCGAGUGAAACAGAAAGUACGGUGGAUUCCGAAUUUUCGAGAACUCAGUUUGAGGAUCUGGUUCCAUCACCGACCUCUGAGAAGUCUUUUCUGGCCCAAAUCCACGCCCGAAAACCUGGGUACAUUCACGGUGGAGCUACGAGUACCAUGCAUGGUGACAUGGUCCCGGAAGACGGAGAUCCUUACCCGCAACCGGAGGAUGGCAACUACGAGAACGAGUCUGUGCGGCAGCUGGAGAACGAGCUGCAGAUGGAGGAGUACCUGAAGCAGAAGCUGCAGGAUGAGGCCUACCAGGUCAGCUUGCAAGGUUGAAUGCAAUAUCCUUUUCUCACUCUCCUCUCAACGCCACGUCAGCACUGAGACCAGACUCAAGCACCCCUGUCCUGUAACCGAGACAAAAUGGCGUGUGUUGUUUUGGGGUUUUGUGAUUGUCGGUGGAUUUCUUUCCUUGGCUCUCCAAAUUUACUUUUGGGGCCUGUUCUAAAUGCAAACCCAGCAGGUUUCAUCCGUCCUGUCCAUUCUAUUCAACUAUAUCUCGCAGGGGUUGUUCUUUCUCAUUCCACAACGAAUUGCAUAUCAGAGCUGAUGGCCUAAGAAUGAACACUGGUCUAACAGAGCCAAACCUCCCCACAGCAGUGUGGUCAGGAGGUGGGUGAAGUCUACUGUAUAGGAUUCAGGAACUGGUUGUGGUUUGUCAGGAUGGAAGUUGGGGUAAGUUUGAUUGGUCCAAGGGAGACGUGUCGGAGACUAUGAAGAUGGAUUAUUGGAUGGUCUAUAAUAAGGCAGGGAAGGUUCAUUUGUAAGUAGUAAUAUGAACUGAAUUGCAUUAAGAUUGUGGCCUUUGUGUGAUAUAUACUAUGUAUUUUCUUAUAUGCAUGAGCCAAACCGUUGUGAUAUAAUUUAGCACUGAUGUCUGCUCUUAUUUUGACCAUCUUCGUCCACUGUUAUUAGUUCUUGGCUGUUAAGUGUAGAUAGAUAUUGUAAAUAUGGCAGCCUUGGUUGCUAUGCUCACAUUGGUUCGAUUCCACGCAAGGAGACACAAGCAAAGAACUCCACUGUGUCCUCAGAAAACAGGGCAUUUUCCCCUUUGAACCAAAAAGAAAAAGAAAAAAGUCAGAAGCAUUCAUUACAUCUUGAGGCUAAUUAACAUAAGACAUUUUAAAUUGUGACUACUGUAAUUUGACCCCAUAACCAAUGCAGAAACACUAAAGAGUUCACUAUAUCCAUGGUUAUUGUAACAAAACUACUAUAGUCUGUUGUUUUGUUUUGUUGAUAUUGCUGUUAAGUAUUGGUGUGUGUGUGUGUGUGUGUGUGUGUGUGUGUUGGAACCUCCUGGGGACAUGUUAUAUUUUGAAGUGAUUAAACUAUUUAAUUGUGUGUCUAUAUUUUGGAAUGGAAUUAUUUCUUCAUUAAAAAUGUUUUUUAAAACACUAUAA